AGAAGGAUUAGUAAUCAGUAAUCUCACCCCGGGUUGUAAGGCCUGGGCGUCCAGUGUUUGUUGGAUCUCAUGAACCGGUAUUUCGCAACCCUGUUGACCUGUCAGACUAGACUUGUCGUGAGUGGAACGGAGGUUGGCCGCUACGGGAAUAAUGGAUUUCAAGGGUUAAUACGGUACUCGGGCGUACGGGGAAUUCGCGUCCGGUAACACAAGGCGUUUGCCGGCCUUAAUUGCUCUAGUCAUCGACGCUUCUCCUUUCGGGAGUGGACCCGACUUCGUGCCGUCACGGCCCCAGCUUUUGUUUGCUGGGAUUGCUGUAGGAUGGUCAGCACUUUGCUCUGGAUUACGGGGAAUUCGGUGGGGCGCAUACCAGGAGGUCUGCAGGCAAGGCCUCUGAGAGGUGUGGAGUUGGCUUAAAUUUACCUCUUGAACACAAUUCUGUAGGUGUGAACGCCGGUUUGGUGCUGCACCUUUUUUCCUAGGUAAUAAAUUUAUCAUUUCAGUGCGGUCACCGGAAAGUUCUCACUGACUAUCACUCAGAUUUCCUAAUAUGGUUUAGUCUACAUAUAGAUCUGACACUUUGUAAUGGAGGUGGACACGACUUUUGGCAACACCAGAGCACAGCGUACUGUACCUGCGUCUACUUGUCCAUUCCGAAAGUUGCCGGGGGGUCUUGGCGUCGAUUAUACCUGAGCCGUGCCAAGGCUUCCGGAUGGCCGAGGAACCUGCAAGUGCCCUGCUAUCGGAUUUGAAUGAAGAACCUAUACCGGUCAUAAGAACUACCGAUGAGACGGGGUAGUCUAUAUAAAGCUCUGCUCUUCUCCCCCUCGGAGAUCAAAGCACACACCUUUUUCACUCCUACUACUCAGGUACACCCAUUGACAGGAACAAAAUGCUUGCUUAUUGUCUAUUUGCCCUGACGCUCGUCGCCGGUGUUUUUGCUGGGGAGCCCCAUCUCGAGUUGGAGCCGGCCUUUACAAUGCGGGUAUUUUUGCGCAUUUUUUAUUUCUGAGAUGGGCUCGUACUGGUUGGAGCGCAUGGCUAACAUGGGUAGGCUGGUAUUGAACCUGGGAUUACUACCGGUCCGGUGCACAAAGGGUAUACGAUUACCUUCGUUGUACGUCCCCACCGCUUCUACCCCUCUUGGCCGCUUUGGGGGAAUUCGGACGGAGAUUGACAGGUUUGCUAGAACUCCCCGAACGGGACGAUCGUCAGCGCCCCAGAUGCCAAAACCACUAUAAAUGCCACGAUCUUGGGCGGUGAUGACUUGAUCCACAUCGACCCCCAGGGAGGAAAUUUCAGACUCGAUGUCCGUGGUGUCGCGAAGUACAUACCCCCCCCAUCCCUUCCCCCUAGGAACCAGACAUCUGUAGGAUAAAGAAAGAAAAAAAGCGAGUAUCUGACCAACUUCAUACAGAGAUGAAUCCGGAGCCGUGAGUCUGCUCGGCCAGUUUACCCUACUCGCCCUAACUAAUAUUUAGAUCUUCAAAUUCGGUUACACCGGUGUCGCCAUCCCCAGUGAGGAAAUGACCAAGGCCUUGACCCGCCAACCUGAUUCGAAGACCACAGAAUUUGGAAACAUCCAAACUCAUCAUACUUUUGAGACUCCGGUACGUGUGGUCAUCCUGGUUUUUGGGGUGCUGGUGUUGGGCUAAUGGAAAUUUUCAUCGCAGGUUGCGGCAACCGAUUUGGCGGGGUUGAGUAAUGACCAAUUCAUGGGCAUGGGUAGGAUCCUUGUUAACCCGGAUCGGAGCGUCACCGUGGAGUAUGUCGUUAGCAGGGUUGUUAUCGUAAAAUGAGCGUGGUGGGGUACGAAUUGGGGAUGGGUGGGAGAGUGAGAGAGGGAAAGGGAGGGGCAUUUUAAUAGAUGUUGAGUAACUUGAGAUUCAAACGAGAUGUAUGGUGAGAUGGCGGUAAUGGAAUAUAUGUUGCAACACG